GCCAUGGUAACCGUGGGACGCCAGGCUAAGCUGAAACAUGGUUCGGUGUAUGGUACUAGACUAGCCAGGUGGCUAACGUAAAUAGCAUGUUUAUACGCUAUGUUUUGCCCCAAAAUAUCGUCUGAGUUAGUUACCGAGUACAUCUGUGUUUGUUUGUGAGUUUGCUGUCUUUGAGCGUUUACUCACGUUAGCCCCCCGGUCGCAUUCACUUAGUUAUACUAACGUACCAUACAUGCUAGCUUGAACGUUAGCUCGACUCAGUUAGCUAGCUAGCCGGCUGACUUUACUAUACACACCACAGGCGGCCACGAACCUUGUUUGUAUAGUUACCUAUGGCUUUCUAUGAAGUCUAUUCUCACCCGGCUUUGAUUCGGUACAAAACGAGUGUUUGCACGAAAGCCACCCUGUUUCUGGUUGUUGUUUUGUGCCUCACCUACAUCCCACCUCUGCUCGUUGCCUACAGGAGCCACGGUUUCUGGAUAAAAAGAAGCACCUAUGAGGAACAACCAGUUGUGAGGUUCCAGUACCAGACUCUGCUGGUGGCAGCAACCAGUAACCAGGGAGACUACGUCGGCUGGAGCACCUUCCCCCAUCUGAACAACAUGCUCGGGGCCAACCUCCGGAUCCCUUCUGUCUCUGUGAGAGAAGAGGACCAGAACCAAGAUGGGAAGUUGGACUUCCUGGUUUUUCAGCUGCAGCUGCCCCUAAAGCCUGAGGAACAGGUGUACAGUGUCCAGCUGCUGCUCACCUUCAGCUACAAGCUCUUUCGGAUGUCCACAGUGGUGAUGCAGAGCCUGGCUUACGUGCAACAUUCCUCUUCCGUACCCGGAGCUAAGCUGUUAGUCAGUGGAGACCUGAAGCUUCUGCAGAGGACACCGCUGCCUCACCGGGGACUGUACGACAUUUACAAUGUGUCAGUGAUCGAUGGUUCCAGCCCCUUUGCAAGUGCGUACGACCUUGACAACAUAAUUCGGAGCUACCAGGAAAGAAACUUGACCACUGUGCUGUCCUGUCCCAUGCCAGUCUGGACUGUGGGGCGCGCCGCUGGCUCUCCAUUUCAGCUCAACGCUGAGAUCCGGUACCCUAUGGAGGUCAUUAGCUAUCGCCCUGGCUUCUGGGAAACCAUCAAAUUUGCCUGGGUUCAAUACGUCAGCGUCCUCCUCGUCUUCCUCUGGGUCUUUGAACGCAUACAGAGAUUUGUUUUCCAGAACCAGGUUCUAACCACCGUGCCCGUACCUGUGGGGAAACCUCACCUGUCGUGAUGCAUUGGUGAUGUGCUUUGACCUCCAGGUUUCAAUGCAGGCUUUCCUCUACAGGAAAUACACCAGUUCCUGCACUGGAACGAGGCAUUUCUUCUUGUACUUAUUUUUGAAGCUAUGGACAUUUUUAGAAAUGACUGAUAGAUUUUCUAUAUUUUUACUAUUUGUAUGUUUACGAGAACUUGUUACAUUGAUUAAAGAACUUCUUUGUGG